AUGGAACGCCCGCGUUCCGCGAAUCGGGAGUUCCAGUUCCAUCCCUUUCCCCGGCUCCCCGCCGAACUUCGCUACAAGAUCUACGAUUUUGCCUCCCCUCCUCCGCGCCUCGUCCCUAUCACCUACACCGCCCCCAGGUCCGCCUCGGCCCCGAAAGCAAGCUACUUGCCGCCUCGCCAACUCAAUCGCGACCAGGUCUCGCGCCCCUACUCCUCCUACGCGCUCACGACUCCCACGCCACGUCCUCCUCUCCUCCAGGUCUCGCCCGAGGCCCGUCUCUACACCCAGGACCACUACCCACCUCUCUUCUCCCUGCGCGGCUUGUCCACCCCGUCAAUCAUAAACUUUGCCCCGCGGAAAGACAUCCUCUAUUUUCCUAGGAAGGAUGGAUAUAUGGCGACUUUCCAGAACUUCACCCGCGUGCACACGCUUGCCGACCCUGUCUCCUUGCGCAGCGUCGAGCGGAUAGCGGUCCACCAGGACCUGUUCGUCGAGGAGGAGAAGCGGAGAUGGGCAGACCUCGAGCUGGGAAGAGGGGGCUUGGGACUGGAGCUGGGCCUGGAGGUGGGGGUCGGGGUGGGUAUGGCGGCGGGGGAAGAGAGAGGAAGGUCUCGUGGCCGAGGAGGAAUCGAUGGCGUGACGUUACAGAGUCUGGACGAGUUCUGGGACGUUCUGAGAUGCAAGUUCUCGGGUGUGAGGGAAGUCUGGAUUCUCGAGGAGGGUGCGGAGGGCCGAGUGUUGCGGGAGGAUUUUGGCGCUUCCUGGGGCGGUUCAGAGCAGGGGCUCGGAAGCGGAAGCGGAAGCGGAAGCGGAAGCGAGGAUUCGGGGGACGAUCUAGAGGGGAAGUGGACCGCGGGUUUCGAAGUCAAGGUCGCGGAGGCUGCUGAGGCGCUUGAGACGAAGACGGGAUGGGUGGCGCCGCCCUGGAGACUGCUGAGGGCGGACGCGGACGAGGACGAGGACGAGGACGAGGAUGAGGACGGGCGCGAUCUCGAUUCCGAUGAGGAGGGGGAGGGGAAUAGGGAUGGGGGUUUGAGAGCGAGAGCCAGAGCAAGGGGAUGGGGAGAUGGCUAUCUCGGCGGCAAUCGCGCGCUGCCAGAGAGGGGGUUCAUGCUUCAUGUACGGGAAGAUGGGUGA